AUAAAUGCGGUGGCGCCCGGCGUAGGGACACUUCGGUCCUGAGUGCUUGGGCGUUCGGUCGUUUGCCGGCGUAGCGGCCAGCGCUUGAGCCCGCCCUUGCUCUUCGCUGUGGCAUGGCGGACGAGGGGAAGUCGUACAGCGUUUCUACUUCAUUUUUCAAAAGCCCUACACAGAUUUCCAAUAACUUUUCCUUGAUGCUGACCUCCCACAGAGAGAGUUCUUUCCUGUGGACAGGCAGCGGAAUUUGCAUGGAGAUGGCCUGUGUAGUUAAACACGAUGAUGAACGCGUUAAUUUCCCUCAAAGAAAGAAAAAAGGCCGGGGUCCCUUCCGGUGGAAAUAUGGUGAAGGAAACCGUAGGUCUGGAAGAGGCGGUUCUGGUAUUCGGUCUUCCCGCCUGGAGGAAGAUGAUGGAGAUGUGGCAAUGAGUGAUGCCCAGGAUGGUCCCCGAGUACGAUACAACCCCUAUACCACCCGACCUAACCGUCGGGGUGAUACUUGGCAUGAUCGAGAUCGCAUUCAUGUUACUGUGCGGAGAGACAGAGCUCCUCCAGAGAGAGGAGGGGCUGGCACCAGCCAGGAUGGGACCUCAAAGAACUGGUUCAAGAUUACAAUUCCUUAUGGCAGAAAGUAUGACAAGGCAUGGCUCCUGAGCAUGAUUCAGAGCAAGUGCAGUGUGCCCUUCACCCCUAUUGAGUUUCACUAUGAGAAUACACGGGCCCAGUUCUUCGUUGAGGACGCCAGCACUGCCUCUGCAUUGAAGGCUGUCAACUAUAAGAUUUUGGAUCGGGAGAACCGAAGGAUAUCUAUCAUCAUCAACUCUUCUGCUCCGCCCCACACUAUACUGAAUGAACUGAAGCCAGAACAAGUAGAACAGCUAAAGCUGAUCAUGAGCAAACGAUACGAUGGCUCCCAGCAAGCCCUUGACCUCAAGGGCCUCCGUUCAGACCCAGAUUUGGUGGCCCAGAAUAUUGACGUUGUCCUGAAUCGCAGAAGCUGUAUGGCAGCUACCCUGAGGAUCAUUGAAGAGAACAUCCCUGAGCUAUUGUCCUUGAACUUGAGCAACAACAGGCUAUACAGGCUGGAUGACAUGUCUAGCAUUGUUCAGAAGGCGCCCAACCUGAAGAUCCUAAACCUUUCUGGAAAUGAAUUGAAGUCUGAGCGGGAGUUGGACAAGAUAAAGGGGCUGAAACUAGAAGAGCUCUGGCUCGACGGAAACUCCUUGUGUGACACCUUCCGAGACCAGUCCACCUACAUCAGCGCCAUUCGCGAACGAUUUCCCAAGUUAUUACGCCUGGAUGGCCAUGAGCUACCCCCGCCAAUUGCCUUUGAUGUUGAAGCCCCCACGACGUUACCGCCCUGCAAGGGAAGCUAUUUUGGAACAGAAAACUUGAAGAGUCUGGUUCUGCACUUCCUACAACAGUACUAUGCAAUUUAUGACUCUGGAGACCGGCAAGGGCUCCUGGAUGCCUACCAUGAUGGGGCCUGCUGUUCCCUGAGCAUUCCUUUCAUUCCUCAGAACCCUGCCCGAAGCAGCUUGGCUGAGUAUUUCAAGGAUAGCAGAAAUGUGAAGAAGCUUAAAGACCCUACCUUGCGGUUCCGGCUGCUGAAGCACACGCGUCUCAACGUUGUUGCCUUCCUCAACGAGUUGCCCAAAACCCAGCAUGACGUCAAUUCCUUCGUGGUAGACAUAAGCGCCCAGACAAGUACACUGCUGUGUUUUUCUGUCAAUGGAGUCUUCAAGGAAGUGGACGGAAAGUCCCGGGAUUCGUUGCGAGCCUUCACGCGGACGUUCAUUGCUGUUCCUGCUAGCAAUUCAGGGCUAUGUAUUGUAAACGACGAGCUAUUUGUGCGGAAUGCCAGUUCUGAAGAGAUCCAAAGAGCCUUCGCUAUGCCUGCACCCACGCCUUCCUCCAGCCCAGUGCCCACCCUCUCUCCAGAGCAGCAGGAAAUGUUGCAGGCAUUCUCUACCCAGUCUGGCAUGAACCUCGAGUGGUCCCAGAAGUGCCUUCAGGACAACAACUGGGACUACACCAGAUCUGCCCAGGCCUUCACUCAUCUCAAGGCCAAGGGCGAGAUCCCAGAAGUGGCAUUCAUGAAGUGAUUGUAGUCAUGCCCCAGAAGCAGCCUCCCCUGUAAAUAGUCCUUGGAUAUUACCGUCUGGUUGUCGUCUGUCAUCUCCUCCUGUCUGGCCCUAGGCCGCCCCGUGACUGUGACCGAGGGAGGGAGGGCUGCCUGAUCCCUCUCCUCGCCUGCCCUGGAAGCCUUCAGAAGAAUGAGCCUCACUGAUGCCCGGAAGCCAAAGCUUACUUUGUAGAACUGACACUAAACUACCCGAAGGAUUUAGGUGCUUUGUGUACUUAACCCCAGGACCUCCUUACUUUUUAAUAUAAAGAGUGAUGUUGUA